UCCAGGACGAGGCGUGCGUUGUACUUGUAUCCCUGGUUCGUUAUUGGCCGCGUGGCUUAAACAAAAUUAACAAAAUCGGAUUAGUUGCAAACUGCGUGUUCUCAUGGCCUUUCUAUAGAGCACUGUAUCAACUGGGAAGUCCAUGUCGUGGCUUUGCCAUAAUUAUAAAAAACUUAAGCGUUUCCGUUUCUUCUUAGCUAACAAACGGAGCUGAACCGGACCACAACUGGCUAACGGAUCAAGAACCGGCGUCUGAAUGACCGGGGCGUGCGAUAGAAGCCGGGCCUGGAUAGUCCCGAACGUAGUGCACAGAGCAACCCAGUCCACGCAUGCGCGAGCCCGGUCGCGGUUUUGCGCACGCGCGAGGGGCAGUGGCGCUGCGCUUUUCUGUCCCGCCGCUAGAAGGUGCCUUUUGGUCUCCAUGGCCACCGGACGCGGUCGGAUGAUGAGACCGGGAUGUUUCGGCCUCCAGGCGCUGCGGGGGUCCCUUUAUGGUGGGGGCGCCACCUGGGGCAGCGCGAGGCUGGCCGCGGGGCGCUCCGGGUUCAGAAAGAAUUCUGGAGACUCAUCUCUCAGGCAAGACCAGCACAGUGAGAAGCCUUCUUCUAUCAGUUUUAUAUCUCUGGACAGAAUGCCCCCUGAAAUCUUGAUAAAUAUAUUUUCUUACUUGGAUGCGAAGACCUUGCUGCACAUUGCAUGUGUGAACAAACGCUUUUAUGAUUUGGCCAGUGACAAUCAUAUUUGGGUCCAGACCUACUCAGCUGCAUUUACAUUUACAAGACCACACUGGAAAGCUACUUCAGUGGAGGAAACAGCCACGGGUGUGAACUCACUGUCAGUUAGGGAUAAAGAAAUUGGAUACUGGAAGAAAGAAUAUAUUACAAAGCAGAUUUCAUCUGUGCGAGCAGUUCUUACUCACAUUCUCAAGCCUGUCAACGACUACAAUGGUCUUCCCAUGAGAAUCAAAGAGACCCUCAGAACAUCUGGCUUAGGUUGGGCAAUUAUCUUAAGAGAAAAAAGUGGAAAAGAACACAUCAUGCAGCAUGAUGACCUCUUAUUAAAUGAUACAUCUGCCACUGUUUGGUGGCAUGGCAAAAAUAUGCCACAUCUAGCCACAUUGUCCACCCUGGAUUUAUAUGGUGUGAUACCACUUUUUAUGCAGAAUAAAACCCCUGAGCUGAAGAGUUUUCACACCACUCAUAUUUGCUUUGCAAAAAUUUGGAAAGAAAGGUACACUUGCUCUCAGAGGAAGAGCCUGUGGGAGGGAAAGAAAACAAACAUUGUAGGUCCACGAUGGUUGUCUUUAAUUGGAAAGUAUGAUCUGAGUAAUUUAAGCAACUUUACUAUGAUUGGCUGUGACAGACUUAUUCGGAUAUUCUGCCUAGAUCCUGGCCUCCUGGUGGGGCUGUGGAAGAAGAAUAAUGGACUAGCUUUUGUCAUGGCAAAUCUUCAUUACCAUCAACUCGUGGAGAGAAGCACGUUUGGCUCAGCCACUCUUCCCUAUGAGCCGCCAUCUAAGUGGACAGUGUUGGUGGAUAACAGGCCAAUGUAUGGACCGCAAAGCUCCUUCCAGCUGCACAUUGACAUUCGUGGUGGUGUGAUUUUCUGCCUGUGCGGCAACUUCCGCAAUCUCUUUUCCAAGGGAGAGUUCAACGAGGAUGGAUAUUUGGAGUUGGUAGUAAUAAAUUUUGAGAAUAAGAGAGAACACCUACCUCUUACUGGAAAAGUUGGCUUUGCAUGGAAAUCUGAUGUUUUUGGAGGCUUUAUUGAGAGUUGCUCUGUGGUGGAUGUGACCCUGCUGGAUCAGUACAGGAAACCGGUUUGGUGUUUGAGUUCCCCAGUAUGUGUGAAGCCCAGUGCCUACCCCUCCGAUGGUCCUAAUUACCUGGGGAACACUUACUAUAUGGACUACAUGGACUCAGAAGGAGGAAUGCACGCAGAAUUAGUGUGGAGCAGAGACACUGAAGAAUACUUCAUGGUCAACCUGGUCGUGUACCUCAACAUAUCAAAAACAAACCAUCGGUUUGGACAGAACACUUAGGUUUAGCAGCAGGAGCAAAGUCUUUGUUAGUAGUAAGCUGUUGGUUUUUUUACAAUAUUGUUUUUAUUGAAAGUUAAAAUAAAGCAUAUUCAUGGCA